GCCAAUCUCUCGUUAAUUUUUUUGUUGUCAAAAACAAAGUUCGCUAAAAUUAUUGCAAUUUACAAGCGUGAAAUGUGAAAUAAAUUCUGUUGCAGGCAGCUGUGUGCAAUAUUGUGAAAGGGGGCCAUGGCUGCCACUGCUGCUGCUGCCGCAGCAGUUCAAGUUGCUAGCACAACGACAGCAACAACAACAACUGCAGCAGCACCUGCGAUUGCACCUGCAGUAGCAUCAAAUAAUAGCGCCCAAUUUCGCGAAAUACACAAGAACUCGUGGCUAAAAGGUCUAAGCGCAGAUGGCAAAAAGUUGAUUGUUGGCCCCAAGAAAUCUGAAUGCUGCUGGGUGGUAUUCUGUGUUCAUGAUGAUACUGAAGCGCUGUUGGAGGGCUAUGCCGAGCCAAGGCAUGCGGCGGCGCAUAUGCCCGAAUGGGUCUUAUCGCUGCGGGAUACGUUGCAUAUAUCGCAUGCACUUAUACCCAAUUCACAUGAAUUUGAGUUUGUGGUAACGCUCAGCAAUGAAGUGAUGCGAUUUCACGCCGCGUCAUGGGAGACUAUGCAAGAAUGGGUAGAAACGCUGCGCUCCAAGCUGCGCGAAAUGAAAAUUCUGUCGCCACGCGAAAACCUCUACACAAAGUUACCUGAAGUGCGUGCUCCACUGCUGCCCACACGCGAUCCUACAUCACCACUGCCAGCUCCGCCUCCUGUUCCAGCUGCCAUAGUGCCCGGCGUAGAGCGUGUACACGCGCAUCAACAGUCACAACCUCAACAACAGCUGCAAUCAGCGCCAGUAACAACAGAAACAGCCACAGCUACAACAACGGCGCCGUUAACGACGGCCAUGUCCAAUACGCUAACACAGCAUUUGCUAAAUAUGCUCUCAGAUCCCAUUAGUACGUAUAGCGAACAAAUUAGCGAAACUGCCAACGCAACAGCUGCAGAUCAUGUUGAAGAAACUGAAAUGACAGCAACAACAGCAAGCGAGGUAUUGUCAGAUUCAAGCCUGAUUGAUGAGGAUGCUAUAGCGCCUAUAUUGCGCAAUGGUGUACGUGUGGAUGUGACCGCUGCAACAGCGCAACGUGUUUCUGCAGAUCCCAUCUUAAAUUUCGAGCAAAUGCUGCAAUGCGAACGUCUAAUACCAAGACCACAAACAUCACGUUCAAUGUCCGCUGGUGCUGCUGAUAAAUCAAAGCGUACUCAACGUAAAUCGCCGCAGCCUAAAAUACCAGCCCCUAUAGUAAAUGCUAAUGUUGCAGCCGCCGAGGAGCAACCGCAGGAUAAUAUUACCAUUAUAGAAGUAUCGAAUAUUGAUAGCACUAAUGCAACGGCCCAAGCGCCUGAACUGCCGCCCAAAAAUAGAAUAAUUGCUGAUAUAUUCCGAUUUCCCGAAACGCAUGCAACGACAAAAGCAAAAACGCAAACGCAAAAUGAAUACAAAAGCAAUGUACAAAUUAUUCCGUCCAAUUUGAAUACAAUACAAGUGCUGAGCGAACCCAGCAGCAGCAGCAGCUCCAAUUUGAAUGCCUACACAACUUCAACUGCAGCAGCAGCAGUUGCCGCUAACACAACCAAGGUGCAAGUGCUGGCUGAUAAUGAGUCAACUAGCACUACUGUUGCUGUCUAUGGCACAUGUUAUCCCCCAGCAGCAGUGGCCAGUGGCACUGCCAGCAAGCCGCAGACCCCCAAAGUCGGCAAGAAAAUUAUACUGAGUGCCAACAGCUCGGGCAUAACCAAUAUACGCAUCAAUAAUGCACAGGCGCAGGAGACUGAAGUCAUCAGCGGCAAUGUGCACUAUGAGAAGGUAUUUCUCUCCUCCAGCAUACCCAUAAGUAGCCACAGCAGUACCACGCCAGCGCUGGAGCAACGGCAAACGAGCAACAGCAGCAGCAACAAUCAAACUCAAAACAAUGUGACCGAGCAUGCAGCGCCGUUAGCAAAUGGCAGUCCAGCGCUGCCGCGUCGCUGCAUUAAUGUUGCCUCGCCAGCGCCGCGCACUCCACGCACCAUGCCACAGCUGACGCGUGGUCUAACCGAGCUGGUCAUUGGCACCCGUCCCAGUCGCAAGGACUUUCAUUAUUUGAAGCUGCUCAAUACGCCACUAAAAACCAAAACUAACAGCAAGACUUCAAGCAAUGCCAAUGCCAACAAUAAUUUACCCGAAAGUGCUGCCACUAGCAGCAGCAGCAAUGUGGUGCUGCGCAAUGGUGUCGCUGAUAGUUCGGAGCAGCGCCGGCGCAGCUCAUCCACUUCAGAUGCUCAAGCGCCGCUGCAACGUGGCGCAGCACAUCAAACUAACAGUCCGCGCGGCGCCAACAACAAUGAAUUUGUUGCCGCACGCAGUAGCACCAACGCUGCAGUCGCUACUGCCGCAUUUCGCAUGCAAUCACCUCCACAGGCCCCUGGCAGUCAACUCAACAACAGCAGCAGUGCCAAUAAUAAGCGAUUGACGCUGCGCGAGCAACAAGUUAUGCAGCUAAGACGUGAGAUUAUGCAUCCCGGAGGCGUGCGUCUGAAUUUGCGACGCAAGGAUUGCGUGGGCUCUAUAGCCUGGGUGGAUGCCUUUGGUGGCGUUUGGAUUGCUGGCUGGAAGCAGAAGGAGCAUCCGGUGCUGUACAAUGCGCUGCACAUUGGCGACCAACUACUUUCUAUUGCGGGUGUCAGCAUUAGCAGCGCUGCUGAGGCAAAUAAAAUAAUACGCAACACCAAUACGCUAUUUGUUGAAGUGCUGCUGCGCCGCAUGCCGUUUGGACGCGCUUACGCUAUACGCAGAGAUCGCGAUGGCCAAUGCUUGGGUUUGAUACGCGACGGAAAUACCUCCACAAUAGUUGAUGUGGUGCCCAAUAGUCUGGCAGCGCGUCAUGGACUGCCACCAAAGACGCAAUCUUGUGAUGGCAGCUCGCUAACUUUUUGGAUACUAACCGAAAUCAACGGACGUCCAUUAAAUCUAUUCUUUAAGGAUUUUGAAAUACGCGAUCGACUCAACUCCGUAGGCAGAGACAUAUCAAUAUUGGUGCAACCGUCGGAUUUGAUAACCAAACUGAAGAAGCAACUUAAAUCGUUGCGCGGCUAUAAGGAUUACCUUGUACAGUAGUAGAAGAAACGGCUACAGCCUCACUUAAAAAGUGGUCGCUUUUUUAUAUAUAACACCGAUAUAUAGUAAUAGAUUUUUAUAGCAAUGUAACUUCCAAGCAACUGUUAUACUAUGUUAUAUACGUAUAUAUAUAUUUUUGUAUAACAGGGCCAGUUAAUCAUUCCAAUGUAAAGGUCAAGCAUAUAGUCAUCUUUUUAUAUAUGUAGUAACUAUACAUCAAACAAAAUAACAGAUAUAAAAUCGUAUAUAUUUUUGCAACUUUUAUAUAAGUAGUUGUUUAGGAAGAAACUAUUGAAAUCUCACAUGCAUACAACAAAAUUAUAAACAAAAAUUUACACAAAAUCAAGUAUUGACGCUACGAACAAUUUAUAAUUUCACAUUAUUCCAAGUAUUCGUAAACAAAAAAGCAACCUGUGCAACUUAGUAUCCUUAUGCAAUAUUAGAGUGCCUCUAAUUUAAUUUUUAAAUUUUGUAUCGUUUCUCAUUUGUAUUUUAUAUAUCGUAUAUAAAAAAAGACAAAGCAUCUAUGUAAACUUCAGAUGUGAUAAACAGAAGUACUCAAAUUUUAGGCAAUUUAAAAACAAAUACACUUACAAUUUGUAAAUGCUUUUUAAUUUGUUUUUAAGUG